GUCUCUUUCUCUCAUCAUCGCUCGCACCAGAAACAGCCUCCAGCGCGCCUUGUGGCGACAUUGUCCCUUACGCAUACACCGAAUUCCAGAAACAGCUCGAGCCCUUUUCUGGCAGCCCGAGUGUACACUACAGCGUCAGGAUUGAGGACCGAGUGGGGCGCGUGGAAUGUCAUUGUUUGGUUGGCCUGCCAAGGUGCACUGAAGCCGUUAUGGACAGAAGCUCUCCCGACCUGGGGUUCUACUCUUCUGACAACCACCACGACAACAACCACGAAUCCGACUCUGACUCUGAUUUGGACGCGGACCUCGACUUCUACGACAACGACGACCACCACGACCACCACCACGACCACCACAACCACCACCAUCACCACCACGACCACGCCGAACAAGAGGAAGCAGAGUUCCAGCAUCAGCUACACCACCACUUGCAUCACCAUCUGCACCACCUUCACCAGUUGCGUCACGUUCUUGGCAUCAACCUCGCCGCCGAGCCAAACCUGAACCACGAGGACGAUUAUAUGAACCACAUUUUUGGUGACAGCGACAGCGACGGUCUUGACGGAUUCGACGACGAUAGCUAUCUCGACAACGAAGAUUUGGACGUGGGGGCCUUGCUGCAUGUUGGGGAUAGCGACGACGACGACGACGACGAGGACGAAAGCCAUAGCGACCACAGUGACGACAGCACUGCAAAUCGAGAGUCGAGUGAGGAUUCUCUCUUUGUUGAUCAGCGGCCUUCGCCCUCACCCUCGCCUAAUCGAUUGCCGCCCAUCGCCCAGUUAGUUCCCGAAGUCCGACGCGCAGGACAACUGCAGGGGAAUAGGGAGACCAGCUUUGGUUUUGGUUCUCUGAACUCGGACGAAGUGGCCUUUCUGGACCAGCUUGUUGAGAUGGAAGUCGCAAGACCUGUGCGCCGGCCUCGCACAAUGGCGGCGGCCCGCUCCAUGACGCCAGCUGCCAACGCUGAGGUUAUCGAUUUGACACAAGAUGACGACGACGUUCGGCAGCCGCGUCCAAACCAUAACCCCAAUCCUCGCCGACAAACUCUGAACCACCGCACGCCUUCCCUCAACCGCAGCGACGGUAGCCUUCUCGGAAACGCCGGCGCCGCCGACAUCAUCGACCUCACUAUGGACGACCCGACCCCUCCCCCGCGCCGACAGCAUGCCGCCCGCGCCCAAGCCCGGCCCAACCUUCCACGCCCCCCUCCUCCUCUCGUUGACCUGGUGAACGACGAUGAGGACGACAAUCUCGGUGGUGGUGGCUCCUUCCGAGCCCCUGGCGCUUUCAGCCACUUUGUGCACCAACUCCAACACAGACUGCAGCCGGCUGCCAUGUUUGGCAUUCACGGCAUUCUCGGACUACGCGACGUGACAGCGCUAGGCCGGAGUCCUGCCAACAACCCCCUCGGGGCGCAUGGCCCCGAUUUGAACUACGGACUCCAUCGUGCCGGUCAAGAGCAUGCCGCUCCCAAACCCGCCCAUGUUCCGCCCAAGCCUGCCCGGGAAGGCUUCACCCGUGCCACCGGAGAGGCUAGCGAGGAUGUGGCUGUCUGUGCCGGCUGUGAGGAGGAGCUCAAGUACGACCCAGACGAGUCCAGGGCCGACAUGCCGCCCCAGAAAAGAGCGAGGAACAAGAAGGACAAUGAAGAGCACCACUUCUGGGCUGUCAAGGAGUGUGGACACGUGUACUGCAAGAGUUGCUACGAAGGACGUGGCAGAGCCAAGGGCAAGACUGCCCACUUCCGCGCCGGGCCGGGCAAGAACAAGGCUCUAUGCAACGUCCCAGAUUGCGAGUCGGAGGUAUCCAGCAAGAUGGCCUGGGUCGGUCUCUUUCUCUGAGGCAGGGACAUUUACAAACAUUUCUUUAUGGGUGCAUGGACGGAUCGGGUUUGGGUUAUACCAUUUGCUCUCUGGCGAGGGGCUUUACGGACAGGUGACCUAGUUAUUCUUUUUCCUUCGGCAUGGCUGACCAAGGCUUGGUCCGGUGUUUACUGCAUGGUCUGGUGUUUGGUUGCCUUUUUAGCGCUGCUUUUCUCGGCCACGGAUAGAAGACAUGGGUUUUUGUGAAUGGGGUAUAUAUGGCUAUCUGUCUGUGUGUAUGUGUCCUUGUUGUACUGGCUUGGUGUUUUGUCGCGGCGUUGUUUUAAAGCCGUCUCUGGAUACAGUACGGUGCCGAAUUGACAUUAUUCUCUACAUUCCAGGUCUUUUAUUUGCUCAGCUUCCCCCCAGCUUCUGAUAGCCUGACAAGAACAGCACCACGCGCAAAGAGACGGGCACAAAGCCGACUCCUAACUCGGCCCUCUUCUGCUGCCUUCUUCUGCCCAAGGUAAAAGGAGGCGGAUACGCCCAAUCCGUUCCCUUUUCAAGACAAUGUUCAGUGAUCACGACCCACCUCACUUUCUAACAGAUCUUUUUCUCUCUACAUCUUUGUCCAGGUCCGUCACGGAGACGACCACCCCUUCCCCUUCCCGACGAUACGAUCGAGAAACCUCCCACUCAUGUUGGCCAAUCCCCCCCCCCUUCGUCGCGAGUCUUUUCGAUUACUGUCUCUCUGACCCCCUUUUCCCGGGUCGAGUUGUUGGGGUCGAUGACGGUUUUGGAUCCCGUGCGCCAUGCGCAAUACGGAGUGCGACAUGGCGCAGAGGUGGCCGGCCCCGUCGUUGACGCGGUCCUGCUUCCGGAGGCGCUCGAGGCGGGACUCGAGGGAGGAGAGGGAGCGGUAGGUGAAGGGGUCGAGGCGGGGGCAGUGGUAGAGUUUGCGGAGGG